AUGAGGGCUCUAUUCAACGCAGCUGCCGAGGAAGGAAUAUCCUGGACGCUUAUCGGCAACGUGCCCUUGGUAUACCUUCGAGACCCAACCUUGAUCCGACAGGUGUUUGUCAAAAAUGCGGAAUCUAUUAGUCGGUGCGGCAUCCAGACCAGAGGUCCCUUUGGAACCGGCAAACGUAUCAUUCGCAGUGCCCUGAUUACCGCUGACGGUGAUGUCGCCAGGCAUUGGCACGCUGAUAUGACCCGGGGUUUCCAUAACAGACUUGCUAUGGAGGGGUUUCAUUCUAAGCUGAUCUCGAUCGCGGUUGGCCACGUUCAAAGGCUCCGAGACGUCGGAUUGGGUGAUAACCUCCAAAGUCACCUGCAGGAUUAUGCCAUGGACGCGGUCUGGUGUCUGGGGCUAGGGUUGGAGAAUGCCUCCGAGUGUACAAGGAAUUGGGAGGAGCCGUUUGCCAAGUAUGUACAGAUGGCGGCUAGUAUUUCGUAUCCACUUCAUCACACCGUGAUAAAUCUUCUAUGCGGUCGAGAAUUUGAAGAGCCGGAUUACUACGAGAAUGAUCUCCAUGAAAGGAUUGAAAAGUGUGUCCUUCAGCUUCUGGAGGCCAACUUGGACCUCCUUAACCCGGAGGCCGUGAAACCCCGCGAUCAAAUGAACUUCCUCCAGAGUAUAUCCCACGAGACAGGCGGUAGCGCAGCACAACCCAUCACCCCUGAUGUUCUCGCCCACGCGAGGCAAAUAUUCUCCCACGGUUUUCCUGCCCCGACGCUUCUCCUCCUCUGGGCGCUGAGGGAGCUAUCCCUGUAUCCCGAGGUGAAGCAGAAACUCCGCGCUGAGCUCCAAGAAAGUAACUGGUACCAUCAAAAGGAGCUGCAACUACUUUCGCGGCUUCCUUAUCUCGAUGCGGUGCAAACUCAAUCUGGUGCCAGCUUUGUCAUUCCUGUGGAGGCUCGUGUGGCUGUCUCUAUUGCGAUGUUACACCAAGACCCUCACAUCUGGGGCCAGGAUGCCUCACGCUUUCGACCGGAUCGAUGGGAUGGACUCCUCCCGAAUACUACGGAGAGCCAGUGCAAAUACUUGCCAUUUCUCACGGGGCACAGGCGGUGUCCGUGUACCGGUUUCGUCUUACAGCAAGUCAAAGUGUUCCUGGCGGUGUUAUUGACGGAGGUGGACUUGGAAGUGACAAAUGCCUCCACCAUUGAAAAGAAACUGGGCCCGGUAUCAGAGCCGACGGAACCCAUGGCCUUUAGGGUCACCCCUAUCAAAAACAAUUAA